GUCUUUGGAAUAUCUUUUCAUGCGUUGCCACAGUCACUUGUGCCAGAAUAUGGUUACAUUCCGAGCUUUCUUGUUGAUACUUGUCAAUAUUUGGAAGAACAUGUUCAUAUCGAGGGACUCUUCAGAAAGUCUGGAUCUCUUGUUCGUUUAAAAGCCUUAAAGAGUAAACUGGAUCAAGGUGAAAACUGCAUCUCAGCUGCACUGCCAUGUGAUGUUGCAGGGCUUCUUAAACAAUUCUUUAGAGAGCUGCCAGAACCCAUCCUUCCACCUCAUCUGCAGGAAGGCCUUUUCAAAGCUCAGCAGCUAGGAAAUGAGAAGAAAACUGCAACGAUGUUGCUGUCGUGUUUAAUGGCUGACAGAACAAUUGAAGCUUUGCGGUAUUUUUUCAACUUUCUGAGAACUGUGUCCCUAAGAUCCAAUGAAAACAGAAUGGAUAGCAGUAAUCUGGCAGUGAUUUUUGCUCCCAACCUCUUGCACUCGAAUGAAAAUGAAAAGAUGUCGGCCAAUACAGAAAAAAAAAUUCGCUUACAAGCUGCUGUUGUGCAAACACUUAUUGACCAUGCAGUGGAAAUCGGACAAGUACCAGAAUUUAUCUUGGAAAAGAUUCCUGCAAUGUUAGGUGCUGAUGCCUUUCAAUCUACUCCCUCACUGUGGGGCCAUGAAGACAGUGAAAAUGAAUCUCCCAGUGAAUGCAAGAAGAGGAGGCACCGAAGUGUUGGGGAUAUUGUUAGUGGAGCGUUGAAUAAAUUUAAAAAUAACAGAACACCCUCCACUACACCUCAACAAGACAGAAGCGUCCUUUCAUCGGUGACUCCAGUGGUUCUAACUCCAAGUACCAAGCGUAAACUUCCAAUUGAUUGCUCUCAGGGCCUGUCCAGCAAGAAGAGACGAUCUUUUAAGCAUAGUUUUGCUUUUGAGUUGUUACCAAAUAGCAUUUUUAACAGCAGCUCAACACCAGCAUCAGUUCAGUUUGAAGCAAGCCCUUGUGUGUCUCUUGAGUCAUCACAAACCUCGCUGUCCCCUUCAACUGGUGGUGAAAAUCAUUUGUCUAGUACAGGGAACAGAAGAAGUAAAAGACUUGCAAGCAAAAAAUUAUACAGGGCUGAAUCAGGAAAGACAGGUUGUUUUUCUCCAAAGAUUAGCCGAAAAGAAAUGGUUCGUAGGUCAUUACGCUUGAAGUUUGGCUUGGGGAAAAGCAACAGGGAAAUGAAUAUUGUAUCGGGAUGUGCGGUUGGCAAUAGAUCUGAAAAUAUUGGAAGGCGUCUUGCAAGUCAACAAGGUUUGGAAAGCAGAACUGAAUGUGCAAGAAGAGGUGUACUCUUCAGCCCAUGUGUCAAUGAAAAAUUCCCUAAGAAAGGUUCAAAGAAGAUCAGCAAGUCAGAAGAAAACUUGCUAACUCCAAAAUGUCACAAUAAAGUAGUUUACCGAAUGUCAUGGAAUAGUCCUACUGCAACAGGUUCUCAGGUGAUCAGCAGCAAUGAGGGAAUUCUGCCAGGAAAUCUGGAAACAGGAAUUGGGUUUUCAGAACCUGUUUUCAUAUUUGGAAAGCCACCAGUUGUUCCAGAUGCAUUCAAAUCCACAACUGUAAGCAAACAAGACAACAGCUUAGAACUUUCACUUUGUGAAGAGGAAAGUAAUUCAACUGCAGAAAUGUUACUGAAAGUUAAGCAAGCCUUCUCUGCAUCUGGAAGUAAUCAUCACAAUCUGAUAGGUGAUACAAAAUCUUCCUUCUCAGAUGUAGCAGGUGAAACAUUAAAUGAAACCCCGUGUCUCACAGGGCUCAGUCCAGAGAGAGAAUCGUUAACUGAAGAAGUUUCUGGAAGUCUAGCAAAUACAAAAUCCAGAGAGCUGGUGUGCCAAUUUAAUCAAUCUCAUGCUAUUGAUAAACAGCAAUCAAAAAAAUAUGAAAUUACAGGUUUGGAGAAAAGGAACUUCAGAACUUCUAUUGAGAUUGCACUUCAGGUCCAGAAACCAGAUGUAGGAAACGUAACUGAACUUCCUGUGCCUCAUGUACUGGCCAGGGAAGAGAAGUUGACUGUUCAGAACAGUUCAUCAAAAGAUUACUUAAACAAACCAGAUUCCUUCAGAAGAGAAGAGGAAAUACAGUUAACACACUCACAAACAGCUGAAAACUGUACAGUAAAAUGCUGUAAUUUGGAAGAAGAUACUGCAGGACUGCUUCCUACUUUGCAGGUGCCUGAAUCGCACAAUGAAGUGGGCAAUCAGUACUUGCAAGUUGAAAAUUCUGAUAAAACUUUAACUAAAACAUCAACUGCUUCUGACCAUGGAAAGGUUUCUGACCACAUACAAUGGUUCAACAAGCUUUCAUUAAAUGAUCAAAGUUCUGCAAGCAAAACAAAACCACCUCUUAAGUUUCAACGUACCCCUGUUAGACAGUCUGUAAGAAGAAUUAAUUCCUUAUUGGAGGCUAACAGACGAUCUGUCAGCUCUCAGCUGGUUAAAGCCAGCAGUGUUGGUUCGCCGCUUGUUAAAUCCUUGAGCUAUGAUUCUGCACUAUUCUCCUGCACAGAAAAGCCCUCAAAGAGUUCCAUGGCUUUGCCACUCAGGAGUCAAAGUACAUAUGACCAAGCUUCUAUAUCUCAUAAGCAGUUAGACUUGACAUCCAAGUCAUGUUGCAGGACAGUAAAUGCAUCAGACAAGCCUGGUGUUCCCGUCAGAACUGCUGGAAACCAUGAACAGAAAGCGACUGUUCAUCCAUCAAAGUCUGUUCUAGAAGAUCUAACCAAUCAUGAAACAUUGAAAUCCAGUUUAAAAGUUAAUGCAAAUAUAAGUAUUCCAGGUGCUGCCCCAGAAAAAUCUACAAUCACAAGAAGUGCUUCAGGAAAAGUUCGUUAUAGAGGCUCUCCAAAAAAUCCAAUAUCUAAAGUGAAACUGCUACCAACUGCAAAACCAGUAGACUUGUGA